UGGCUAUUUCGCUCCCCCCGCCCGUACAACUAACUGUGAAUGAAGAGACUUUUUGUUCUGUGUGUGAAAUCUGUGAUCCGACAUCAUUUGUCUAACAACCACCCAUUUUUUUUCUCAUUAACUCUCUCACUCUGAUUGUACAAUGCCGGGCAAGCAAAAAAGCCAAAAAGAAAGGGGAAAGGGCCAAGAGUCGUGAUUCCUGAAUGAAGUCCGUACUGUACAGUGGCCGGUGAACCCACAUUGAAGAUCCAUAGGCUCGUUUGGAUCUGCAUAUUUCUCUUCUGUUUGGAUCUGAAGCUUCUCAAUCGAUCAAGGAUUCGGGUUGGAGUCCCUGAAGCAAGCUGGUGUUUGUUUGGUGCUCGUAUUGUGUUUUUCUCAUCAGCCCCUGUUUAUCCGUCCGCCUUUGAGGUUAAAGAUAGAGACUGGAGAAAGAGAAUCAAUCUGUUCAAUCAAUCUUGUUCUUAUCAAUCAGCAACCCAACAAAAAUACCCUAAAGCUGAAGAAGAGUUGUAUUUUGGCAGCUUGAGAUAGAUAAGUUAAUCUGAAUCCACUCGGAAGAGUUCAGAGAAAACUUUGAAAUGUUUAUAUGAAAUUGUUCAGAGAUCUUGAAAGAUAAAAUUAUUGUUGCUGCCGAAUAUGCCGCGGGAAAAACCAAAAUCUGCUGCAUACAGAUCAUUUCUCUCUUGUGAUGAUCCGAAAGGUGUAGUUGAAUGCAAGACAGUAAGAAAGUCCAAGGGUAGUGAAGUUCGUAAGGAAGAAAUGGUCUCCAGAGCAUCUGGGCAUGAAUUAAACUGUUCAUGUUCUUCCCACCUCAUGGAAGUUUCUAGAGGAGCCCAGAAACUUACCCAAGUGAUUGAUUCAUGGUCAAAAGGAAUUGGGUCCUCGGACAGAAAGUCCAAAGAUGUAGCCAAAGAGUUGCUGAAAGGGGCUCUUGAUUUGCAGGAGUCUCUAGAAAGGCUCGAGAAGUUGCAAGAAGAGGCUUCAGGGUUCAUGACAAAGUUGAACAAGCCAAAAGAGGGAAGUGGGAAAGGGAAGUUGAAGAAGAAUGUGGGAAUACGAGGCAUUGAGAGGACUAAAUCUGAAAGGAUUACACAUGAUAAUCAGAAGUACAAGUUGGAGUUUGGAAAGGCAAGACAUUCCAUUGAUGGAGCUUCUUGGGAUUGUUAUGAGGAGCUAAGGGAAUCGAUAUUGGACAGCUUUGCUAAGCAGAACUUGUCAACACUGCCUACUCAUGCGUUGGAAAAGGGUAGUUUUGGUAGGCGAGAAAUUGAAAUCUCUCCAGAUCUUGCUACAACUAGCUCAAGUCGAUCCUCCUGUGAAAAAGCUUGUUUGGAUAGGAUACGGUUAAUGUCAUCUCCUGAUCUUCCCUCUACUAGCUCUAGCCAAUCCUCUAUGUUUCAAUCUCAAGAGUGUUCUUCUCAUGACAGUUCUCUCCCUAAGGCUCAACAUUUCAAGCCAAAGGUUACUAGUUUGGUUGCAAAGCUUAUGGGUCUUGAAGAAAUCUCUUCAGGGACACUUAAGUUCACGUCCCAAAAUCACAGUCUUCCCUAUCAAAGGAGACCCAAGUUUGAAAUUGGUUUGCCAAAGGCAAAGAAGUCCACCUCUGUUGACCCAAAACCAAGGGCGACACAAGAAUGUACUCGAGGUAUGCAACUCAGAAGCAAGUCUAUUGAUGAAUCAAUGUGUAGGACCUGUCAUCCCAUUGUUUCGGAUUUGGGAAAUAAAUUUGGUAAUGGUUGUAAACCCAUAGUGCUCAUGAAGCCUCUGUAUGCUCCUGACCUACAGGAAGAAAGAUUAUAUUCCAUGGCAUGCCCCUUUGAGGAAAAUGAAUUGGAUAAAAAAGGGAUGAAUACAAAAUGGAGAAGAACAGAGUUGAGAGAAGGGUGGAGUAAAAAACACAGACAGGCUGUUUCUUGUCUCAAUGAUGAUGGGAUCACAGUUCUGGGAAAACUAUCUCCUAACAGGACAACCAAUCCUAGGAAGCAUAGGCUGGAGAAGAAAGAAGUUGUUGAUAAAAGGGCAUCCCCUAAUAUUAGGAAAGAAGAUAUGAAAAAAGUGAAAUAUAUGGAGGCUUGUAAACCGCAUGACCUAGAGAAGUUGACUAGUGUCAAGCUAAAAAAACAGCAGGUUGUGUCGAAUAUAUCAGAAAAAGUAAUUAUGUGGCAGAAUAGCAUAGCCUCAGAUUCCACCCUAGAUGAAGAAGCUGCAUUUCAUGACUCCAGAAGUAGGACACACGUGAAAAAGAACGACAAGCCAGUGCAAAGUUCUUCUGUGUCUAUCGGUGAAAAUAUGGUAGACAAGAAAGCACUUAUAGACCUUAAGCCCAAGAAAGAGACUAAUGAAUCAGAAAAUCUCCAUUUUGAAGAAAUAUCUGUUGUCUCCCAGACUUCACCCUUUGAUGAUCAAAGCACAGAUGAAAAUCUUUCUUGCAACUCUAUGAUGCUAACCAUUGGAAGUGAAUGCAAUGAACAUGAUCAGUUUUUCAUCAAUCCAAAAUUGAAGCUUGAAUCCAACACUACCAAGAAUUUUCUUCUAAGCAGCACACCUUUCCUUACACGUGCGGAAGAGCUUUUUCAUGCAUGCACAUGGGAACCUGUAGUGAAGCCUGUAUACUUGAAUGACGAAAUGCCUGACACAAAAGUCUUACUGGAUUGUGCAAGUGAAUUAUUAGAUAACAAAUACACCCAGAGUAAAAUGUCAUCUGAUCGAUUACCUAUCAGAUCACGAGCUUGUAUAAUACCCCUAGACAAGUUGGUGGCUGAAAUUUGUGAUGGGAUAGACACUUUGAUAAGCUACAGAGAUCUUACUACUGAUGCCCCUUGUGUAGAUGCUUCUAGCGCAUUGAUUGAGAGAGAUCUGUGGUGCAAAGGAGCAGUAAGAAGAGCUUGUGAUUUGGGUUGGAGGGAAGGUUUCACUUGCAAUGAAGUUGAAAAUGUAGUGGCUGACAUGGAGAAGCUCCUUCUAAGUGGAAUUCUUGAGGAUGCAUUAGAUGACUUUGCAGAGUGGUAUUAACUUGUAUACAGACAAAAUUGGGGGAGCAUGAUUAGGAGCAGCUUAACAGGCAAUCUGUAAAUAACGAUAUGUUAGAGUGUCUAGCUUCAGGUGAUUAUUAUUUUAUUUAUAGGCGCUCAUCUCUUUCAAAUAUAAUUGUUACAAAAACACAUUAUCAUUAUCACAACCUUAGUCCCUAUUAGGUAAGGAGAAGAAAACGUUAUAUAAUU